AUGGAUAAGUUCCGCUUGCUUUUCCAGCACUUCCAGUCCAGCUCAGAGUCGGUGAUGAACGGCAUCUGCCUGCUGCUGGCCGCGGUCACCGUCAAGCUGUACUCAUCCUUCGACUUCAACUGCCCCUGCCUGGCACGCUACAAUGCUCUCUACGGCCUGGGCCUGCUGUUCACACCCCCACUCGCCCUUUUCUUCUGCGGCCUCCUCGCCAACCGGCAGUCCGUGGUGAUGGUUGAGGAGUGGCGCCGGCCCGCAGGGCAUCGGAGGAAAGACCCAGGCAUCAUCAGGUAUAUGUGUUCCUCCGUGCUGCAGAGAGCACUGGCUGCCCCCCUUGUCUGGAUCCUGCUGGCCCUCCUUGAUGGGAAGUGCUUUGUGUGUGCCUUCAGCAGCUCCGUGGACCCCGAGAAGUUUCUGGACCUCGCCAACAUGACCCCCAGCCAGGUGCAGCUCUUCCUGGCCAAGGUGCCCUGCAAGGAGGAUGAGCUGGUCAGGAACAGCCCUGCUCGAAAGGCAGUGUCUCGCUACCUGCGGUGCCUGUCACAGGCCAUCGGCUGGAGCACCACCCUGCUGCUGAUCAUCCUGGCCUUCCUGGCCCGCUGCCUGAGGCCCUGCUUCGACCAAACAGUCUUCCUGCAGCGCAGAUACUGGAGCAACUAUGUGGACCUGGAGCAGAAGCUCUUCGACGAGACGUGCUGUGAGCACGCGCGGGACUUCGCGCACCGCUGCGUGCUGCACUUCUUCGCCAGCAUGCAGAGCGAGAUGCGGGCGCGGGGGCUGCGACGAGACAGGGUGGGUGAGGGCGCCGAGCCCCCCGAGAUGCCCGAGCCCCCUGAGGGUCUGGAGGGGGGAAGUGGGAAGGCCCACCUGCGCGCAGUCUCCAGUCAAGAGCAGGUGGAUCAUCUCCUGAGCGCAUGGUACUCCAGCAAACCGCCACUGGACCUCGCGGCAUCAUCCCCUGGGCUCUGGGGGCUUGGCCUCAGCCACCGCGCCCCUACUGGGGCCCCCAGCACCAAGCUGUCCCCACACACCGAUGUGUAG